GGGCGAGCAGGGGAGGAGGAGGAGGCGGGAGCCGUGUCGCACGCAGCUCCAGGCGGGGCAGCCCCGGCGGCUGAGGGACGCGGCCAGACCUUGGCGGGACGGGGAUUUAACCGGGGCCCGGCCCAGCGACCAGGUGGAAACGUAGCCGGAGCCACUUAGGCACCCGGGAAAUACGGGACAGGCCUGAAUGGUGCACUGGGAGGAUGCACAGGGCAUCAGUGAGGAGACUGAGGAAAUGCCUGGCCCUGUAGUCCAGUUGGAGGGCCAAGGUCUGUCCUAUGAGUUGGAAGCCACCCUCCUCCCUGAAACCGGAGACUUCAGUCCCCCUGAGCCUCCCUGUGGUCAUCUUUCAUCUUUGCACUCAACCCCCCAGAGCUGCAUUUACAUCCUCUCCGACCCAAAUUCCUCCUCUUCCAGCCACAGCCUCCUCUGGAGAGAGAAUGAGGUUCAGGCCUUUUCUGGCCGUCAUUUCCCCUUUCAGUUUUCUUUACUGCUUCUUGACCAGAAUUCUUAAGGAUAAUCUGCAUUUCAAACCCAUCACAGCUCAAUUCCUACUCUUAAAACCACAGUGAAAGCUGCCUGCCGAGGUCACCUGCUACUUAACAUGGAACUAAGGUCAGAAGCUACAUUCAAAUACUGUCACAAUGAUGAAAGUAAUAGCUAGCAUUUACCAGACACUACAUUGCCACAUUCAGUCCUGAUCCCCCUGGAAGAUAGUAAAUGAUUUACCCAAGAUCGUAUGAGAAAUCCAUGGCAGCGACUAUAUUAGGCCCAGGCAACCUUGGCCUCUUCCUCCCUUGGUCUCCAGGAUAGGUUUUGUGUUUGGCUGUAACUUUGUGGGGUACAGACUGUGGUUUUCCCAUCAUCUAUUGAGUUUCUAAGUACUUCUCAGAGAGGGGGGAAAUGGAGUUCCCUGGUGGCCCAGUGGUUAAGGACCCAGCAGUUGUCUUUACUGUGGCUCAGAUCACUGCAGUGGCACCGGCUGGAGAACUUAAAUGUGCUGUAGGCACAGCCAAAAGACAUGUUCCUUAGAACUCAGUUUGGGCCCGUCUCUUUCUGUAACUUCUCUAACUCUGGUUCCCAGACUCGAGUAGUGCUCAUUAGAGAUAAGCUCUCCACAAUUCAGCUUCCUGGAUGAGUCCUAAGCACCUCAGAUUCAUGGAGUCUGAAAGUAACCCACCUUCAGUCUUCCACUCUACUGUGUUCUUUCGCCAUAGCUGGUCCCAUAGUCCAUCUGUCAUGUAGAUACAUGGUUGGCAUUUAUCCUACACACUCAAGUCAACAGAAGAGAAAUCCAUAGAAGACUGCCUAUUGCAGAAUUACUUGACUGCCUAUUGCAGAAUUACUUGACUGCCUAUUGCAGAAUUACUUACAGCUGUUAAAAAGUGAACACCACUUAGAAGCUCCUUAGCAUGGCACUAGUGUGAUGAACAGUAGAAUGUGAUACACUUACAAAUCUGGUGAGACGUAGCUCAUUAAGUGAGGUUUAUCCCAUUAAGUGAAAUAAGUGGCAGAACAGUGUGUGGUUGAUCCCAAGAGUUAGGAAUAUGUAGGGGUCAGCAGAGGUCCCCCCAACUUUUUUCCCAAGUUAUGUUGUUCCUUGAAUCAUUAGUGUUUUCUUGAAAAUCCAGUCCUGAGAUAAUGUUUCGGAAAAAGUAGUCUCUGGCCAAGUUCUAGCAUCAACUGCUUUUUACUUGUUUUCUGACCAAAAUUCAUAAGACAUGUUCAUUUAUUAAGGCCUAUGAAAUCUGGUAGCAAACAGAAUAUUUAGCUUCCCUAAAGCUAGCAUUUCCCCAGACUUCCUUGGUGAUCUUUAUUUAUUUUUUCCUUUUUUGGCCUCCCCGAGUCAUAUGGCGUUCCUGGGCCAGGGAUCAGAUCUGAACCGCAAUUGUGACCUAAGCUGCAGCUGCGGCAGCACUGGAUCCUUAACCCAUUCAGCUGGGUCAGGGAUCUAACCCGUGCUUCCAAGACACCACCGAUCCCUUUGCACCACAACAGGAAUUCCUGUUUGCCUGCAAUGAGAUUUCAUUCUCUACAUUUAAAGGACAUCCUUUCUGAGCUGCUGUGAAUACAUUUGGAAUGAUACUGUAUAUUUUCAUCUAAUGGAGAAUUAGCUGUACCUUGAAUAAGGAUUGCUGCACUGGACGACUUGAGAAUAUUAGUCACAAUGUCAUCCAACAGGAGUCAGAAUCCCCAUGGACUGAAGCAGAUUGGCCUUGACCAGAUCUGGGACGACCUCAGAGCUGGAAUCCAGCAAGUGUAUACCAGACAGAGUAUGGCGAAGUCCAGAUACAUGGAACUCUACACUCAUGUUUAUAACUACUGCACAAGUGUUCACCAGUCAAACCAAGCACGAGGUGCUGGUGUCCCUCCUUCUAAAUCAAAAAAAGGACAGACGCCUGGAGGAGCUCAGUUUGUUGGCUUGGAAUUAUACAAACGACUUAAAGAAUUUUUGAAGAAUUACUUGACAAAUCUUCUUAAGGACGGAGAAGAUCUGAUGGAUGAGAGUGUACUGAAGUUCUACACUCAGCAGUGGGAAGAUUACCGAUUUUCAAGCAAAGUGCUGAAUGGGAUUUGUGCCUACCUCAAUAGACAUUGGGUUCGCCGCGAAUGCGACGAAGGACGGAAAGGAAUCUAUGAAAUCUAUUCUCUUGCAUUGGUGACUUGGAGAGAUUGUCUUUUCAGGCCACUGAAUAAACAGGUAACAAAUGCUGUUUUAAAACUAAUCGAAAAGGAAAGAAAUGGUGAAACCAUCAAUACAAGACUGAUAAGUGGAGUUGUACAGUCUUAUGUGGAACUGGGGCUGAAUGAAGAUGAUGCAUUUGCGAAGGGCCCUACGCUAACAGUGUACAAGGAAUCCUUUGAAUCUCAGUUUUUGGCUGACACAGAGAGAUUUUAUACCAGAGAGAGUACCGAAUUCUUGCAGCAGAACCCAGUUACUGAAUAUAUGAAAAAGGCAGAGGCUCGUCUGCUGGAGGAACAGCGGAGAGUCCAGGUCUACCUUCAUGAAAGCACCCAGGACGAGCUAGCAAGGAAGUGUGAGCAGGUGCUUAUUGAGAAACACUUGGAAAUCUUCCACACAGAAUUUCAGAAUUUACUGGAUGCUGACAAAAAUGAAGAUUUGGGUCGCAUGUAUAAUCUUGUAUCUAGAAUCCAGGAUGGCCUGGGAGAAUUGAAAAAACUCCUGGAGACACACAUUCAUAAUCAGGGUCUUGCAGCAAUUGAAAAAUGUGGAGAAGCUGCUUUGAAUGACCCCAAAAUGUAUGUACAGACAGUGUUGGAUGUUCAUAAAAAGUACAACGCCCUGGUGAUGUCCGCGUUCAACAAUGAUGCUGGCUUUGUGGCUGCGCUGGACAAGGCUUGCGGGCGCUUCAUAAACAACAACGCAGUUACCAAAAUGGCUCAGUCUUCCAGCAAAUCCCCUGAGUUGCUGGCUCGAUACUGUGACUCCUUGUUGAAGAAGAGUUCCAAGAACCCAGAAGAAGCAGAGCUAGAAGACACACUCAAUCAAGUGAUGGUGGUCUUCAAGUACAUAGAGGACAAAGAUGUGUUCCAGAAGUUCUAUGCAAAGAUGCUGGCCAAGAGGCUUGUCCAUCAGAAUAGCGCCAGCGAUGAUGCUGAAGCAAGCAUGAUCUCUAAGUUAAAGCAAGCUUGUGGUUUUGAGUAUACCUCUAAACUUCAGCGGAUGUUUCAAGAUAUUGGUGUAAGCAAAGAUUUGAACGAGCAGUUCAAAAAGCACCUGACGAAUUCAGAACCACUGGACUUGGAUUUCAGUAUUCAAGUUCUCAGCUCCGGAUCGUGGCCCUUUCAGCAAUCCUGUACGUUUGCCUUGCCGUCAGAGUUGGAACGGAGUUAUCAGCGAUUCACAGCUUUUUAUGCUAGCCGUCACAGUGGGAGAAAAUUGACAUGGUUGUAUCAGCUGUCUAAAGGAGAGUUAGUAACAAACUGCUUCAAAAACAGAUACACUUUGCAGGCAUCUACGUUCCAGAUGGCCAUCCUGCUCCAGUACAACACAGAAGACGCUUACGCUGUGCAGCAGCUGACCGACAGCACCCAGAUCAAAAUGGACAUUUUGGCACAAGUCCUACAGAUUUUAUUGAAGUCAAAGUUAUUGGUCUUGGAAGAUGAAAAUGCAAAUGUUGAUGAGGUGGAAUUGAAGCCAGAUACCUUAAUAAAAUUAUAUCUUGGUUAUAAAAAUAAGAAAUUAAGGGUUAACAUCAAUGUGCCAAUGAAAACAGAACAGAAGCAGGAACAAGAAACCACACACAAAAACAUUGAGGAAGAUCGGAAACUACUGAUCCAGGCGGCUAUUGUGAGAAUUAUGAAAAUGAGGAAGGUUCUAAAACACCAGCAGUUACUCGGAGAAGUCCUAACCCAGCUGUCCUCAAGAUUCAAGCCUCGGGUCCCAGUAAUUAAGAAAUGCAUUGACAUUCUGAUCGAGAAAGAAUAUUUGGAGCGAGUUGAUGGUGAAAAGGACACCUAUAGUUACCUGGCUUAACCCUUCCAGAAGGGUCUGCGCGUGGCAGCAUCGCUCCGAGGGAAGGAUGGAGCCGCGUUCCCAGCUGCCCGCCCGCGCAUUCGGACCUCCCUCCUCAGCCCACGGGCGGGCUCGGGGCAUCAGAACUGCUCAGGAUCGAUCCACUUCGAGUCUGUACAUAGGGACACCAACGCCAUUUAACCUAAUUUAAGAACCGAGGGGACGGGCCCUUCGGCGCUGAGGGCUGCAUGCUAUGCAUCUAAAUCAGUACAUCAGCCACGGGGUCACGGCCGCAGGCUCCGGCGACCCCAGGACGUCGGCAGCACUUGGAGAGCAAGUCUAAACGGCCCCGCGUGUAAUCUGCUAUGAAAAACCAUUUGUAUAGUGUGUUUCAUUUUUUAAUGUGUGAAAAUAAAGAAAAUUAAAGGAUUUCUGUACAAGUCGCA